GGAAACGUUGAGGCUGUAUUCUCCCAGCGCUCUGAGUCCUGUUUUGGCCUAUGCCCUCUAGUGCGGUACGGGCAAGUAACGUUUUAAGCGUUGGCUAUGGGUGGCUAUGGCGUUGCAUGGGUAUAGACCUUGCUAUUGGUACCACCAGAUUCGAUGGAAGCCUAUGUCUGGGGAGGGGCCCUGGAUCACGGCUAUACUCAAUUAUGAUGGGAGUGACGAGCUGAGACUGAGGAUCAAUGUGGAGGGAGGAAAAGAGGAGGAGAUGCGGACUGAUGGAAGGCUGCAGGAAGCUAUCACGGAGACGAAAAACCGUGUGGAGAGGCGCUGCAGAAGAGACGGGGUGACGGCGAAAAUGCAGGUAACGGUCUCGUAUCAUGAGACCGAGACCUCGAUGGACACGGCGGACUGGGAACAGGCCCACCUGGAACGGGACUCAAGUGGGGAGAGUGAGAUGAGCGAGGCGGAGGAUCAGGGGACAGACCUCAGGUCCUGGAUCAGGCCAGGCGAGAUCCAGAAGCACCACAGAGCGGCAGACCCAGUGGAAAAGGGACCCGAGGCCAGCUCUCAACGACUGACGCCAAGAGGCCGUGGGACGGGAGAAAAGCAGAGCAAAGGGAAGAAACGGGUAGAUCUGUCUAUCUUCAUUGUCCAGACCAGUUUUGUUGAUGGCACUAUCCACGAUCUGAGGCCUUACCUGAAGAAGGGCAAGGAGACUCAUGAGCACUUCGAUCCGGUCUGGAUCUCAGCCACUGAAUACCUUGAGCAGAGGGAGAGGGAGCUUGACGAGAGUGGCGCUACGCUAAUCCGCAGCUUCGGGCCAAUGCUUUAUACAGACUAUCCUAGGCCUCCAGUCCCUUCUCUUCUCACUGAUGGUACGAGUUGGCUGGAUGUGGUUGGUCUGGCAAAGAGGUACAUCUCCCCAGCAGUGAUCGAUGUUGAGGCGCUGACCGAGCCCACCAAGUAUCCCUACCUUAGACGGGGAGUCUUCUCAGUGGACGGGCUGCCUACAUUGUGGGAGGAGUUUUGCUCUAUGGUUAAUUACCGUGUUAUGUACGGUCUGUACGAGUUUGUGGUGAUGUCGUUUGGCCUAUGCAAUGCGCCUGGUACGUUCCAGGACGCGAUGAACGAGAUUUUUCAUGACUACUUGGACAAGUUUAUCGUCGUGUACCUCAACGAUAUUCUCAUCUUUAGUAGGAUUGUAGAGGAGCACGCUGAGCACUUGAAAAUAGUGCUAGGUCUCCUAAGACAGCACCAGUACAAGGUGAACUUGGAUAAAUGCGAGUUUGGUCGCACCAAGAUCCUGUACUUGGGUCAUGAAAUUUCAGCAGAUGGAUUGAGGCCGGAAGAUGCAAAGGUGGCCAGCAUACGUGACUGGCCUAGACCUCAGACUGUUACUGAGGGCGACUUCAUUCACCCACGCGUGGUGAAGGAAGCCCGCUUACCCACGACAGGGUCUCCGACUCCCAUCUCCGUUACCCUAGGGGAUGACAAGACCCAGAGCUUCUUCGAUCAAACGGUCACCGACCUCCCCUUCUUCCUCACUCUCGAGCCGACUGAUCGUUCCCCGGUGUUUCAUCGCCACCACUCCUCUGCACAUUUCGAUGUGAUGGAGACGGGGUACGACUUCAUUCUCGGCACUCCGUGGUCUUGUCGGUUCCGCAGCACCGAGGCCGAUUGGGUGACCAACACUCUCGUUCUCAAAACGAAGUGUGGACAGACSUAUCGCGUACCUUUCAUAGGUACCACGGCGACACCACGCCCCGAUCCUCCUCCCCCGGAGCCUUCAGUGCCCACACCAUCUCCCUCUAUCACUGUCACCUCGCCUUGGCAGUUCGCUCACUUCAUUCGACAGGACGACGUCACCUUCUUUAUGGUGGACGUGACGGAUCUCUUACACUAUGAUCCACCCUGUCCCGACGCCGAGCUCAUCCCUCUGGAGCCAGAUCCUCCCUCUAUCUCCAUGGCUCCCAUCUCUACUUCCGUCCCUCCGCCGUCCGUCGAGUCCACCCCGCCGUCGCGCGCUGACGUUGAUGCUGAGAAACUCGCACGAUAUACGGCUGACUUGGAGCCCGUAGUUCGUGACCUCAUCCGAGAGUACCGCGACGUUUUCCCAUCGUCGUUCUCGUACGCCGGCAUCCCACCGAUGCGUGACGUCGAGCACUCCAUUCAGCUUGUGCCUGACUAUCGUGUUCACCACCAGGCACCCUACAGACUCUCGAUCCCCAAGGCCACCGAACUCAAGCGUCAGCUUGAGGAGCUCCUGAGACUGGGUUUCAUGAAACCCAGCAACUCCCCGUGGGGUGCACCGACUAUCACGGUCUCAACUGCUACACGGUUAAGAACAACUAUCCCAUGCCUCGUUCCGAUGAGCUGUUCGACCGCCUAGCAGGCAACCGCUUCUUUACGAAGAUUGAUCUUCGUAGCGGUUACCAUCAGAUCCGCGU